AUGAAUACUAAAAUAACUUUGCGUAAUUCAAAACAAAAUAGCUUUCUAAAUUCAUUCUAAACUACGCAUAGACAUACAUUAUCCUAAGGUUUAGAAUUAAAGAUUGAGUCCCCUACAAAUAGAGAAACUUCUGGAUUAACUUCUUUUUAAUCUUUGAAAUCUUCAUCAAUGCACCUUAAAAAAUUAGUUAAAUCUCCAACUACUUAAUUAAAAUCUGCAAGAUUAUUUGAUUUAAGUGAUAAUUUUUUGAAUAAAAGGACUUCAAUAGUAAAAAUGAUGCAAACAUUUUCAAAUAAUUAUGAAAUUAUAUAGUAAUCAGAACCUUUAGAAAAUAUUGAUUUAUAAAAACUAUUUCCAGUAGAAGAAUAAAAGAAAUUAUAAAAUAAUGAAAUUGUUCCUGAUGGAUCAAAGUUAAGAAUAUUUGAACUUAAAUAAGAUAGCAAUAAUUGGAUCUAAAUUAAUAGAUUUAGAUUUCAUUACUUUUCAAUUAAAAUUUAAGGUUAGGAAUCACCAGUAUAAGUUUAUGUUAAAUGUGAUUAAUUAAGAUUGCUUAAUUAUCGAAUGUAUAUAUCUACAGCUGCUUCAUUUCCAACAAAAUUUAAUUGUGAAGCUGUUGUAUAAUCUAAAUAUUUUAAAUAUUAAGAUAAAAAGCAUAAUGAUAAAUUUUUAGAUAAAUAUCUAUAUAUAGCAAUCUAUUCUGAAGAAGAUUGUGAUAUUUCUGUAUCAUUUUUAUAUGGAAACAAAUUUAUCAAAAAAAUUAAACCAAAAAGAGAAAAACCAAAUUAUGAUAAAUAUAAAUAUUGGUGGUAGUAAUCUAAAUUUGAUAUGAGUUAUGAAACUGACAAAAUAAACAAUAAUCUUGAUACCAGAUAAUACUCUAGAGAAGCAAGAAAGGAAAAAUUAAUAUAAUCAUAAGAUUAAUUAGAUAUAAGAAUGAAAAAUGCAAUGAAUAAAAAAAAGGAAUUAUGUGAAGAUAAAAAAAUGGAUUUGUUGUCUAAAUAUUAAGCUAGUGAAGCUUUAAAAGAAAUUAGAAAUUAAUAAAAAUUUUAAUAAAGAAUCAGAUAAGCUUUAGCAAAAUUUUAAAUCAGUUGGUUUGAUGUAUUUUUACUUAUACAUUUAGCUGAAAAUAUGAAAGAUAUGUUAGAUGUAUUUUAGUUGAUAUCCUAUCUAGGAAGCAAAAAAAAGAACAAAAUAUCUUGCGAAAGGAAGACUAAUUGUUUGGAAAUACAGAACAACAACUAUGAUUAAAAUAAAAGAAAGUGGAUAAACAGUUGAUUAAAGAAAUUUAUUUAAAUUAUGUAUGGCAAUGUGUAUGUUUGCAUUUCAUAAUAAAAAGAGAAUAAAGACUGAAUUGUCAAAAGUAUUAAGAUACUUUUUAAAUCUAACUCAUUAAUAUUGUCAUUUUAUUUAGAAACAUCAAGAGUUAACAACCAAAGGUAUGCUGUAAUUAAUUUCUAGUAAAUUAUGUUAAAAGAGUAUUUAAAAAUUUAAAAUAAAAAGAAAAAGCUUAUAAGGAUAGAUUAUGGAGGAUUCUUAAUAAAUAUGCCUAAGAAAUUCUUCAUUCUUUGGGAGCACAUUUUAGUAAUCCUAAAAAGAGAACAUACAUAGUUGAUAGGUAAUUAAUUUAAUUAUCAAGAGCUCAGCACUAAUAAAAGCUAUGGAAGAUUUUCUAUCAUUAAAAAAAAGAAAAUGUUAACAAUUUAUUUAAAGUUAUGUUAGGGAAAAAGAUUUAAAAUAAGUAAACUUAUGUUUUAUUUUUAAAAUAAGAAAGUUGUUGACCUUGCCUUAAAUAUGAUGCAACCAGAAAUGUUUGAUACUCCUUCAUAUGACGAUCUGUAUGGAAUAUUUCGCACUUAUGUUUAGUUCAAAAAAAUAACAUCUCAACACUCUUCAACAUAAUCAUAAUAGCUGAAAUCUUAAUAAUAAUAAUAAUAAUAAUUAUAAUUAUAAUAAUAAUAAUAAUAAUAAUGA